AGCCAGGAUACUGGCUGAUAGUCCAGGGAGUAUAUGUAAAUAUAAAAGAGAUGAGAUCCAAGGACUGAGAUCUGGGGCACUCCAGUGGUAAGAGGUUAGAGAGUUGAAGAAUAACCAGCAAGAGGGACUGAGAAGUGGUCAGCAAGGCAGGAGAAAAUCCUGCCUCAGAACAAACAGAAGAAUGUGCUAUUUUGCAACCAAGUGAAGAGCGUAUUUCAAAAGGAAGGAAUGACUUGAUAUUAAAUGCUUUUCAUAGAUCAAGUAAAAAGAGACUGGGCCUGACCACAGUAUUUGAUUUAACAACAUAGUAAUUCAGUGACCUUAAUGAACAGUUUCCAUAUAGUAGUGGUGAGAGCAGAAAUUUCAUUGUAGUGGAUCAAGAGAGACUGGGAGGAGAUAAAUUGGAGACAGCAAGUAUAGACAACUCUCUAAAGGAGUUUUGCUGUGAAGGGAAGCAGGGAAAUCAGGUCAUAGCAUUCCAGCAUCAAGGGACCACUUGUAUUUUCUUAAAUGUUUCAUUUUCAUGCAUUUACACAUGCCAUUCUUUCUUCCUGGAAUGCCCUUCCUAAUCUUGAUGCCUGACAAGUUCUUAGUUUCUAAGACUUACUUAUUCAUUCAACAAAUAUUUACUGUGUUGAUAUCAUUUGUAAGGCGCUAUUCCAUGAGCUGGGGAAUAUAUCAGUGAAUAAAACAUAAAAAUCCAUGACCUCCUAGAAUUUAAAUUCUAGUUGGGGAAGACAGACAAUAAAUAAAUCUAUAGUAUGUUAGAUAGUGAUAGAUGUUGAGGGAAGGAGCCACAGUUUUGUUUCGUUCUGUUUUGUUUUGUUUUUUGUUUUUUUGUUUUUGAGACAGAGUCUCACUCUGUCACCCAGGCUGGAGUGCCAUGGUUUGAUCUCACUCAGCUCACUGCAGCCUCCACCUCCUGGGUUCAAGCAUUUCUCCUGCCUCAGCCUCCUGAGUACCUGGGAUUACAGGCACCUGCCACCACACCUAACUAAUUUUUUUGUAUUUUUAGUAGAGACGGGUUUCACCAUGUUGGCUAGGCUGGUCUCGAACUCCUGACCUUGGGUGAUCCACCCACCUCAGCCUCCCAAAGUGCUGGGAUUGCUGGCAUGAGCCACUGCACCCAGCCUGGAGCUACAGUUUUAAGUAACCUCACUGAGAGGGUGACAUUUGAAGAGACUUGAUGGAGCAGAGUGAAUGGGCCAUUUGUAUAUCUGGAGGAAGAUGUUUCUAAACAGCAUUUAUUCUAAAUGCAGAAUAACCAGUAUAAAGGACCUGAGGCUAAAGAAUGCCUGGCAUAUGCUCCAAACAGCUAGAUUUUGGUGGCCAGUAUGGCCUGAGGGGAAUGCGAUAGAGGGAGAGGAGGAGGAGUUCAAAUUAGAGAAGUGUAGAGCUAGUGGAGAGACCGUACUAAGGACUUUGGAGAGAAGUGGGAACCAUGGGAGAGUUUUAGAUUGUAUAGAUUAGUUCACCGUAGGGACAGCAGCAGUGGAAAUAGGGAGUCAAAGCCUGUUGCAGAAACUCAAGUGAGACAUGGUAGUGCCUCUGACUAGGUUGGCAGCAAUGGACAUACUGAGAAUUGGUCAGAUUCUAAAUAUAUUGUGAAGGUAAGUUGAGAUAUGAGAGAGAUUUUUGGCCUGAGCAACUGGAAGGAUGAAAUUACCAUGAACUGAAAUAGAAAAUGCUCUGAGUGAAGCAGGUUUGGACAAGUUAAAUUUGAUGCAUCUACUUUAGUUAUUCAAGUGGAAUUGUGGAGUAGACAGUUGGAUACAUGAAUCCAGCGUUCAGGAAAGAGAUCCAAACUGAGGACAUAAAUUAUGGAGUUCUUGGCAUCUGGCUGGUAUUUUAAGUGAUGAGACUGUAUGAAAUCACCAAAGAAGGGAGUGUAGAUAAAGAGAGGAAGUUCAAGGAAAGACCCUGUUAGAGGUUGGAAGAACCUGUAAAAGAGACAGAGGAGGAACAGGUAGGUAGGUAGGUAGGAAAAAAACGUAGGCGUUUGAUGUUCUGGAAGCCAAGGAAAUACAAUUUUUGAGGAAGGAGAAAUUAACCACAUUAAAAUGCUGGUGAUAGAUCAAGUUAGAUGAAGACUGAGAAUUGACUAUUAGAUUUAGCAGCACAGAAGUCAUCAGAGAUCUUGGAAAAAAGCAGUUUUGGUGGAAUAGUCUAAGUGAAAGCCUGAUUGAAGUAGGUUUAUGAGAAAGUUGGAAACUGAGUAUAGACAAUUUUUUCAAGGAGAUUUGCUGUAAAGAUCUGCAGAGAAUUGGAGUGGUAGUCUGAGUAUGAAGUGGGAACAAAAGAGGGUUCUUUAAGGUGAGGAAAUAGCAGUGUGUUUGUAUAUUGAUGAGAAUGGUCCAGUGGAAAAGGAAAAAAAUUGAUGAUAUCAGGAAAGAAUUGUUGGAGUGAUGUCUUUAAGGAGGCAGGAAGGCAUGGGAUCCAGUGCAUGGAUCCGUAUCUAGGAACACAGUUGAUCCCUAACAACAGGAGAGAAAACAGAUACACAGAUACAGGUGUAUUCCCAGCUGCACUCUCUCUGGAGGCUCUUCAGGAGAAUCUGUUCCUUGCUUUGUCAGUUCCUGAUGGCUGCUGGCAGUCCUUGGCAUGUGGCUGCAUCACUCCUGUCUCUGCUGUCUCUUUGAUGGAGUGCCCAGUGAUGGAAACUGGCUCACUUUUUACCUCAGGAAUUAAGAGACAUUUGAAAGACAAAAGAAUUUCAAAGACUACUAAGUUGAAUGUUUCUCUUGCUUCAAAAAUAAAAACAAAAAUACUAAAUAAUUCUUCUAUUUUCAAAAUAUCUUUAAAGCACAACAACAGGGCAUUAGCUCAGGCUCUUAGUAGAGAAAAAGAGAAUUCUCGAAGAAUUACAACUGAAAAGAUGCUAUUGCAAAAAGAAGUAGAGAAACUGAAUUUUGAGAACACAUUUCUUCGCCUAAAGCUAAAUAACUUGAAUAAGAAGCUUAUAGACAUAGAAGCUCUCAUGAACAAUAACUUGAUAACUGCAAUUGAAAUGAGCAGUCUUUCUGAGUUCCAUCAGAGUUCCUUUCUACUGUCAGCUAGCAAGAAGAAACGAAUUAGUAAACAGUGCAAGUUGAUGCGUCUUCCAUUUGCAAGGGUUCCAUUAACUUCAAAUGAUGAUGAAGAUGAAGAUAAAGAGAAAAUGCAGUGUGACAACAAUAUUAAAUCAAAGACAUUACCUGAUAUUCCCUCUUCAGGAUCAACAACACAACCUUUAUCAACUCAGGAUAAUUCGGAAGUGUUAUUUCUUAAAGAGAAUAAUCAAAAUGUAUAUGGUUUAGAUGAUUCAGAACAUAUUUCUUCUAUAGUUGAUGUACCUCCCAGAGAAAGCCAUUCCCACUCAGACCAAAGUUCUAAGACUUCUCUAAUGAGUGAGAUGAGAAAUGCCCAGUCUAUUGGCCACAGAUGGGAGAAACCAUCUCCUAGUAAUGUGACUGAAAGGAAGAAGCGUGGGUCAUCUUGGGAAUCAAAUAAUCUUUCUGCAGACACUCCCUGUGCAACAGUUUUAGAUAAACAACACAUUUCAAGUCCAGAAUUAAAUUGCAAUAAUGAGAUAAAUGGUCAUACUAAUGAAACAAAUACUGAAAUGCAAAGAAAUAAACAGGAUCUUCCUGGCUUAUCUUCUGAGUCUGCCAGAGAACCUAAUGCAGAGUGCAUGAAUCAAGUUGAGGAUAAUGAUGACUUUCAAUUGCAGAAAACUGUGUAUGAUGCUGACAUGGAUUUAACUGCUAGUGAAGUCAGCAAAAUUGUCACAGUUUCAACAGGCAUUAAAAAGAAAAGUAAUAAAAAAACAAAUGAACAUGGAAUGAAAACUUUCAGAAAAGUGAAAGAUUCCAGCUCUGAAAAAAACAGAGAAAGAUCAAAGAGACAGUUUAAAAAUAGUUCAGAUGUCGAUAUUGGGGAAAAGAUUGAAAACAGGACAGAAAGAUCUGAUGUCCUGGAUGGCAAAAGGGAUGCAGAAGAUCCUGAUUUUAUUUUCAAUAAUGAACAGCUGGCUCAGAUGAAUGAACAGCUGGCUCAGGUGAAUGAACUGAAGAAAAUGACCCUUCAAACUGGCUUUGAACAAGGUGACAGAGAAAAUGUACUGUGUAAUAAAAAGGAGAAAAGAAUAACAAAUGAGCAAGAGGAAACAUACUCUUUAUCCCAAAGUUCAGGUAAAUUUCACCAGGAGAGUAAAUUUGAUAAGGGUCAGAAUUCCCUAACUUGUAAUAAAAGUAAAGCUUCUAGACAGACAUUUGUGAUUCACAAAUUAGAAAAAGAUAACUUACUCCCAAACCAAAAGGAUAAAGUAACCAUUUAUGAAAACCUAGACGUCACAAAUGAAUUUCACACAGCCAAUCUUUCCACCAAAGAUAAUGGAAAUUUAUGUGAUUAUGGGACCCACAAUAUAUUGGAUUUGAAAAAGUAUGUCACUGAUAUUCAACCCUCAGAGCAAAAUGAAUCAAACAUUAAUAAGCUUAGAAAGAAAGUAAACCGGAAGACAGAAAUAAUUUCUGGAAUGAACCACAUGUAUGAGGAUAAUGAUAAAGAUGUGGUGCAUGUCCUAAAAAAAGGUAAUUUUUUUUUCAAAACCCAAGAGGAUAAAGAACCUAUCUCUGAAAACAUAGAAGUUUCCAAAGAGCUUCAAAUCCCAGCUCUUUCUACUAGAGAUAAUGAAAAUCGUUGUGACUAUAGGACCCAGAAUGUGUUGGGUUUGCAAAAGCAGAUGACCAAUAUGUACCCCGUUCAGCAAAAUGAAUCAAAAGUUAAUAAGAAGCUUAGGCAGAAAGUAAAUCGGAAGACAGAAAUAAUUUCUGAAGUGAAUCAUUUAGAUAAUGACAAAAGUAUAGAAUACACAGUUAAAAGUCACUCACUCUUUUUAACUCAAAAAGAUAAGGAAAUCAUCCCUGGAAACCUAGAAGACCCAAGUGAGUUUGAAACACCUGCUCUUUCUACCAAAGAUAGUGGAAACCUGUAUGAUUCUGAGAUUCAAAAUGUUUUGGGGGUGAAACAUGGCCAUGAUAUGCAAUCUGCUUGUCAAAAUGAUUCAAAAAUAGGUAAGAAGCCUAGACUAAAUGUAUAUCAAAAGUCAGAAAUAAUUCCUGAAACCAACCAAAUAUAUGAGAAUGAUAACAAAGGUGUACAUGACCUAGAAAAAGAUAACUUCUUCUCUCUAACCCCAAAGGAUAAAGAAACAAUUUCUGAAAAUCUACAAGUCACAAAUGAAUUUCAAACAGUUGAUCUUCUCAUCAAAGAUAAUGGAAAUUUAUGUGAUUAUGACACCCAGAAUAUAUUGGAGUUGAAAAAGUAUGUUACUGAUAGGAAAUCUGCUGAGCAAAAUGAAUCAAAAAUAAAUCAGAAGCUCAGGAAUAAAGUGAAUUGGAAGACAGAAAUAAUUUCUGAAAUGAACCAGAUAUAUGAGGAUAAUGAUAAAGAUGCACAUGUCCAAGAAAGCUAUACAAAAGAUCUUGAUUUUAAAGUAAAUAAAUCUAAACAAAAACUUGAAUGCCAAGACAUUAUCAAUAAACACUAUAUGGAAGUCAACAGUAAUGAAAAGGAAAGUUGUGAUCAAAUUUUAGAUUCCUACAAAGUAGUUAAAAAGCGUAAGAAAGAAUCAUCAUGCAAGGCAAAGAACAUUUUGACAAAAGCUAAGAACAAACUUGCUUCACAGUUAACAGAAUCUUCACAGACAUCUAUCUCCUUAGAAUCUGAUUUAAAACAUAUUACUAGUGAAGCAGAUUCUGAUCCAGGAAACCCAGUUGAACUAUGUAAGACUCAGAAGCAAAGCACUACCACUUUGAAUAAGAAAGAUCUCCCUUUUGUGGAAGAAAUAAAAGAAGGAGAGUGUCAGGUUAAAAAGGUAAAUAAAAUGACAUCUAAGUCAAAGAAAAGGAAGACCUCCAUAGAUCCUUCUCCAGAGAGCCAUGAAGUAAUGGAAAGAAUACUUGACAGCGUUCAGGGAAAGUCUACUGUAUCUGAACAAGCUGAUAAGGAAAACAAUUUGGAGAAUGAGAAAAUGGUCAAAAAUAAGCCAGACUUUUACACAAAGGCAUUUAGAUCUUUGUCUGAGAUACAUUCACCUAACAUACAAGAUUCUUCCUUUGACAGUGUUCAUGAAGGUUUAGUACCUUUGAGCGUUUCUUCUAGUAAAAAUGUGAUAAUAAAAGAAAAUUUUGCCUUGGAGUGCUCCCCAGCCUUUCAAGUAAGUGAUGAUGAGCAUGAGAAGAUGAACAAGAUGAAAUUUAAAGUCAACCGGAGAACCCAAAAAUCAGGAAUAGGUGAUAGACCAUUACAGGACUUGUCAAAUACCAGUUUUGCUUCAAAUAACACUGCUGAAUCUGAAAAUAAGUCAGAAGAUCUAUCUUCAGAACGGACAAGCAGAAGAAGAAGGUGUACUCCUUUCUAUUUUAAAGAGCCAAGCCUCAGAGACAAGAUGAGAAGAUGAAGUGAAUUUAUGGAUUCUGGUUUUUCUGAAUUUUCCAAGCAUAAGGAAUCAAAACAGAAAUAUAGUAUCAAGAAGAUGAAAUGCUUAAUGAAAAGGUUUUUUUUUUGUUGUUUCUUUGGCCUUUCAUGGAGUGUUGGUUUGUCCAUUCUUAAUGUUUAUUAAUAGGUAUUAUGUGCAUAAAAUAGCUAUUUUGUAACAUUAAACUUUUUGAGUCAUUUUGGUCAUCAUAUAACUUACCUUCCUGUUUAUUUAAGCUUCUUUUUACCUAGUAGCCUUUAACCAAACAAUAACCUUUUAACCAAAUAAAAUGUGUUAAUAAA